UUGUCAUUUAAUUCUUUUAAUUCGUUUAAUUGACUUAAACAAUUUAAAAUCCUCAAUUAAUUGUGAAAUGCACCGCAUUAAUAUUCUUCUGGAAUAAUAAUAAAAUAUAAUUCACCACUCAACAUAUGCCAUUUUUGUUUUUUCUACAAUUUCCACUAACAAAGAACGACUAAGUUAACAACUGUGUAACAGAAGACGUAACUUAAAGGUUCACUCAAAAGGAGACCAGUUUGGUCAUUUGUCGACACAGUAGAAUCAUGGCAUCAUCAUCAUCACCAGGCGGUGCCAACGGUGGGGGUGUGACUGGAGGAGGCGGCGAUGCUGGAGACGACAUGGACGUGAGUGGCGCAGAACUGGAUGCAAACAAGAACGAGAAGAUGUUCACUUUAAAGAAAUGGAAUGCCGUGGCCAUGUGGUCCUGGGACGUCGAAUGCGACACGUGUGCCAUUUGCAGAGUUCAAGUUAUGGAUGCCUGUCUCAGAUGUCAAGGGGAUGCAAACAAGUCGGCAAAUGGAAAACAAGCUGAUUGUGUAGUCGUGUGGGGUGAAUGUAACCACUCCUUCCACCAUUGUUGCAUGUCGCAAUGGGUUCAACAAAAUCGUCGUUGUCCUCUUUGUCAGAAGGAGUGGUCUGUCCAACGAAUGGGAAAAUAAGAUGGUUAUGAUUGCAGAUGCUUAUAGAUUUCUCUUAACCAUAUAUAUUUUAAAAUAUACAAAUAGUGAUUGAUUACUUACUUUAUGGGUACUCCUCAAUAAAUGAUUAUUGUAUACUAAA